GAGGCGGUCCCCCCUAUGCCUUUCCUCCACCUACCCCUCUUCUGGUCCCCUGCAAGUGAGUGCUGUGGCGGCCGUGUAGUCUGCGUUGAGCACUCAUAGCUACAGGCAGCCUCACGAGCCGCUCUUGAGAGGUCACAGGCGCCGUUUUCUGUAGAGUAUGAAGGUGCCGCCGCUGAACCUGACUCCUGACGUGAAUCGCGUGGGCAUGGCUCUCCCCUUCAGCCCGGAUCUGCUGUGGAGGUACCCACUGUCUCUCCCGCAGUCGGCCUCCCCGUCCUCACCCAUGCUUGAUGUGAAGACGCAGAUGCCCACACACCUCGCUGCUGACCCGCGGCACUGGUCCCGGGAUGACGUGACAGCCUUCCUCCGUUGGUUCGAGCGAGAGUUUGAGUUGCCCGCCAUCGACCACUCCAAGUUCUCUCUCAACGGCAAAGCUCUGUGCAUGUUGACAAAAUGUGACCUGGCGGAACGCGCGCCCGGAGCGGGAGACAUCCUGCACAAUACACUGCAGUUCCUGCUGCGCGACGCACCCCAGGUGCCCCAGUCCCCCCUCACCCCUCACCAUCCACUGCUCUCUCCCUCCCCCCUGACACCAGGACCGCCACAGCCGUGGUCCAUGGUCACGCCGGACAUCCACAACCUGACGCACUUGCUGCAUCAGGGCGGCUCCGUCACGCUCAGCCCAGCACCCUCAGAGCAGAGCGGCGGCUCGCCGCGCCACCCCGACAACGCCUCCUCCACCUCCUCCACCGCCGCUUACCACCACUCCUCCGCCGCCUCCACAGGCUCCGCCCACUCCGGCAGCCAGUCUGACUCCGAAGACUCCACACGGGACUCCUCUUCUCCCCAGCGCUCGCCAGUGCCGCCCACCAGCACCGCCUCAGUUUCCUUCCCCGCACACGCCCUCGCCUCCCUAAAACACCUCAGUGAUUACCAGCGCGCCGCAGCUGCAGCUGCCGCCGCCGCCGCAGCUCAGAACGUCUCGACCCAUCAAGAGAGUCUGCAGCAUCAGAGCCCCGCCCAGCCGGCCGUGCCCCCCCAGCCUCAGGGUCCUCCCGGUCCCGGCGAGGAGCCUGUCGAGACUGGCACCAAUGGACGUCUGCUGUGGGAUUUCCUGCAGCAGCUGCUUAAUGACCCACAGCAGCGGUACUCGAGGUAUAUCGCCUGGAAGAAUCGUGACACGGGCGUGUUCAAGAUUGUAGACCCACCGGGGCUGGCUCGGCUCUGGGGCAUCCAGAAGAACCACCUGAGCAUGAACUACGACAAGAUGAGCCGUGCGCUGCGCUACUACUACCGCGUCAACAUCCUGCGCAAGGUGCAGGGAGAGCGACACUGCUACCAGUUCCUCAGGAAUCCCUCAGAGCUGAAGAGCAUCAAGAACAUCAGCAUGCUGCGGUCGGCACCGCUCCAGUCCCCGAGAGUGAAGGACACCCCGGCCAGCCAGCCUGCCCCCAUGGAGGAGGAGGAGGAGGAGGGUCCCACUGACCUCUCCAUGUCCUCGCUGCACCACCAGUACCACCCCCAAAAUGCCAUGGACACACACCCACAGAGCCUGGCGCGAGAGCCUCACGUCAUCAUCAAGAGCGAGGAGUACUUGGAUCACAGCUACGAGUAGUGGCCGGUCCAAGCCCUCUCAGAUCCGCCCUCACCUGACCUGGGACGCCCUGCCAUGAGGCACGGGCUGGGUCCUGCCGUCGGCCGCCGCGCCGCAGCGGUUGAGAGGCGGUGCUCGCGCGCCGUCCAGGGCAUUGGUGGAGCCCCGCCGCCCUGAGGGAGGCGCCGUCCUCCCUGGCUUGCUGUGAUAACGUACACUGGUGUGGUGGCUCCUCACUCCCACAUGUACAAAGUAUAAUAGUAAGUGUAAGAAUGCGGUAGCGGCAAGCGGUGGCCACUGCGACACACUCGCCACCAUUCCCUUCUCGGCUGGGUGUGCCCCGCCGGGCCGCCCCGCCCCCGCCCCGCCCCGCCCCGCCCCGCCCCGCCUGGUGUAGACUCUGUGUUCGUGUCUUUCAUCAGUGAUGAUUUUUCCGUGUUCUAGAGAGCGAGCAAGAGACAGUUCACCUCACCUGUUCUUCACUACACUGUAUGCAUAUAAAUAUAUAUUGUGAAUGUAUAAAGCUGUAUUUAUAAAAUAAAUUUUUUGUACA